AUGGUGUACCGCUCGGAAACUACCAAAUGGAAAGCUUACCAAUUCAGCGACCCCUUUGCCGCUGGCUCCUUCUUUGUUUGCAACAAGUUGAAUAGGUUCUUCUGCCGUCCCGACUGCGAUGCUAGACCAAGGACAAAUCUCAAGUCGGAGAUCAAGUUUGUCAAUAGUGCGCAGGAGGCUACUUCGUUUGGCUUUAUUCCCUGUGAGUCAUGUGACCCCAUGCACAGCACAGCAGUCGAUGUUGGCUUGUUGAUCAAAUGUGUUUCCACUGUCAACAACAAGGUUGGGUUCAUGCCUCCCUUGUUGGAUGAGAAUGAAGAGUUGAACUCGAGGAAGAUUAAGGAAAACAUUUUGGAAAGUAAGAGAGCUAACGAGGAGCAGAUUUUGAAAACAAUCAAUGGUAUUGGUGCCGCGGGUGCUGCUUCCGUUGCAGAUGUCAAAGCUGAAAGCGGCGUUCACAGGGCCUCGAUGCCUCACUUGAAUUACCAAGGCAAGGCUUCCAAAGAUUUGGAAACCACUUCAUUGUCCAAGAAUGACUCGGACCACUACCGUUUGGUGGACUUGGCCUGUCGUCAUUUGGCCUUGGCUGCUGCCGUCAAUGUUUUCCAACCAAAGCCAAUCGUUACCCCCGAGGAACCAGUUGACCCAGCUGGCACAUUGCCCACUGGCUCGAAAAAGAGAAGAAGAAGAGGCGGUGUUUUGGGAUUCAAGGAGUUGGCAGCUAAAUCGAAAUUGAGUGCUUGGCAUUUCCACCGUGUGUUCAAGUCCGUCACUGGUUUAACACCAAAGACGUAUGGAGACAAGUGCUGGGAGUUCAUCAAGAAGGUGAAGGAGAGUGGCGAGUACACCACUUUUGAAGCUUUUGCAACCAUGCCACCUUCGCCAGCUUCGCUUUCGUCUUCGUCAACUUGUGCUACCUCGUCAAAGAGCUCGAUGCCCACAUCGCCAGUGCAGAAGCCCAAGUUGAAAAAAGUCAAGAUGGAGUCAACGCCAACAUUGUUUACUACUCAAUCCGUUGCUGAUGCAAACAAGUUGGCAAGCCAUUCGCCAAACACGCCAUUGACCCCACCAAACCAGCAAUACAGUUCUGCCUCGCUCAGCCAAUUGAGCACGGUGCAGUCGGAAAUGCCAGAUUCGUUUUACCCACAACUGCUGGCACUCAGCUUUGAUGACGAUGAGACUUUGCAGAACUUGCCCAGCUUUGACAUGGGAGACGAAAGCAAUAACAACAGCAGCAGCAACAAUUACUACUCGGACGAGAAUGGCCACAAUUAUUUACACAUGAAGGCAUUUUCGUACCCUGACUUGUCAAAGUUUCGCGGCGAUAGUCUCUUUAACCACUCGCAGCCAUUGCAAUACUCGGCAAGCGUGAUCAAGGCUGAAGAUGCUGCUGACAACACACAACCAUCGCACUUGGGCUUUGCUGACUUUUUGUCGUCGCAGUCACAAUCACAGCCACAGUUGCAGUCGUCCUCUUCUUGCCAGCACCACCACCCAUCAUCGUCUACCUCAUCAUCUACAUCUACACAGAGCUUCAACAAUUUCGACGGCGCUGGAGAAGCUGUUUCGCUCAACUUGAGCGAGGAGUUUGUGCCCAACACCAGUUUAAACACCAGUUUCGACGAAGGGUUCUUUACCACGACAUCACCAUUUUUAUUCAACAACAAUGCAACUAAUUACUUUGGCGCUGGCGCUGCUCCUUCCUCCACCACCAACUCCAUUAAUAACAACAACACUGUUACCAACCCAAGCAACAUUAAUGACGAUAUCUUUAACGACACAAGUUUUUUAGCUAUAAACCCUCAAUUAGCUGCAAGUAUUGGAUUAUAG